AAUGUGGUCCACAUCCGGAUAUCACUCUUCAUGAUCAAUUGGUUCCGCGUAGAAACCAACUUGAAGCCACAUACACAUCAUCAUGGAAGACCAUGUCCUCGUCCUGGGGUCGAGCAAAGACGGCAACAUCUACGUAGUGGAUCCCACAUGCGGCGCGCAGCUCUUCAUCUUCAAAGGUAGCUCGUGCUCGCGCCAUGGCCUUGUGGCCGUGCCUCGGACGCACCAUCUCAUCGCGCUGCAACCUGGCAAACUCGCCAUGCACAUGCACAUGUGGGGUAAGGACGUGCCGCAUUUCAAGUGCCAUGUGACCGAGCACAUGGGUCCCAUGGUCACAACUUCCGACGGCAACUAUUGCAUUGCCGGCGGUGCGUCCGGAAAGAUGUACAUUUGGGACGUCGCCACUGGCGCGCUUCUCCAUGUCUGGGACGCCCAUUACAAAGCGGUCAGCGCACUGCGAUUGACGUCGGACGAUGCGUUUGUCGUAUCCGGCGGUGAAGAUGCCGUCGUCCACGUCUGGCGCCUCCUCGACCACCUGGACACCUCCUCCACCGACUCGGCGCUCCAAAGCGGCGCGACUCCCGUGCACACAUGGACAGACCACGUCUUGCCCAUCACGAGCAUCCAUUGCGGUCUUGGCGGGGUCAAUGGUCGCGUGUUCACUUCGUCGCUGGACCGGACCACCAAGGUGUACGACAUUCCGUCUGGCACGUGCUUGGUCUCGAUCACAUGUCCAUCGUUCGUCAACGUCUGUGCCGCCGACGCCAUGGAGCACCGCCUCUUCCUUGGGGCGGGCGAUGGACGCAUCUACGUGGUCGAUCUGCAUGCAGCGGCCACGGCGGCGACCGCUGCCGCCGCCCGCGUCGUCGUGACCCACAAUGGCACUCCGUUUGCCAAGGACGCGCUGAGUGUGGAUGGCUUUGUCGGCCACGAAUCCCCUGUCACAGCGCUGCUGGUCACUGAGUGCGGCCAAUAUGUGAUCUCCGGCGACGACGAAGGCACAGUCCGCAUGUGGGACAGCGUAUCGCGCCAGUCGCUCCGCGCAGUGUCGCUGCUCAAGGGCGGCGUGUCGACCAUGCUGCUGCUGCCGCGGCCGGCCGGGCUCUUCCAUCCCGUCAAGGACGCCGCCGAGCUGAGCAUUGCGCCGUUCAAAAAGUAUUUGUAAUGACGGACGGAGCCCCCCCCCCUUCAUCAAUAAGAGCACUCGUGCAACAACACGAAGCCUGUUGAAUGGAAAAAACUAGAUGAACGAACGUGGGUGAAUUGACAGUUUACAAGUUGAUGCUUGAGCUCUUGGUGACGGGGAAGCCGAGCCGCUUCUGGUUCGCCAUGCACGCUUGGACGCAGAGGAGCCCCCACUUGUCGCAGUUGUUGCUCACCGACACAAACGUCGGACAUAAUCGCUUGCAAUCGCGACGCAAGGACAUGUUGAGCGGGAGGCAUGCGUUGCCGUAGAUGGCAAACACGGACGAGUUGGUACAGACAAAGUCCACGCACGCAUUGCGCGCCGCAGUAGUGCGGGCGUCUUCGGAGCCCUGGCUGAUGCAUGCCGCUAAUAGGAGCAUACUGCACAUGUGAAGGAGUCGGGCCAGCAUGAUGAUGAUGCUGGUGGGACGGGGGUGCUUGGGACGACGAGGGCGAUGUUAAAGUGACAAGCGACCGACGACGUCUGACUACUUCCCUUGUCAUGCGAUGAAACUGUCCCAGACAAGCUGUAGGUUCAUCAUGCCGUUGGAGCGUUACGAGUGGCGGGACCGGCACUCAAUAAUGCUGUGUCGCCUAAGAACCGAAGAAACCUUCGUCUCGCCCUGCAUACCCGACGACCCUUCCCAUCUCG